CCCGGUCCGGCGCCGCUCUGCCCCGCCGGCUCCCCGCGCCCCGCCAGCCAUGGUGAACCUGGGCCUGUCCCGGGUGGACGACGCCGUGGCCAGCAAGCACCCGGGACUGGGGGAGUAUGCCGCGUGCCAGUCGAACGCCUUCAUGAAGGGCAUUUUCACCUUUGUCACAGGCACCGGUGCGACCGUCGGCCUGCAGAUGCUCGUUCAGAGGAAGUUUCCGUACCCCUUUCAGUGGAACGUGCUGGUGGCCGUGGUCGCAGGCUCAGUGGCCAGCUACUGGGUGACCCGAGUGGAGUCGCAGAAAUGCAGCAACCUCUGGCUCUUCCUGGAGACAGGGCAGCUCCCCAAAGACAUGGACACAGAUCGGCACAGCUAGGAGAGCUCCAGCCAGGGCACAGAGGACCUGGGGCCGGAGAGUUCUAGAGCACAGCCCUCAGCACCUCUGCACCCCAGGCUGGCCUCCCCACACCCAUGUCCCCUGCACACAUGCAUGGCCAUCUCUGUCAGACCUGUGCAAACUGCUCCUGCCCAGCCUGGACGCCCAGAAGGUCAGACCAGGAGGUGCUGCCCCUGGGGUGGCUGGCCUCCUGCAGGGCAGUGAGAAACACGGUGGACACAGAGCUGGAGAAGACCAGGCCUGUCUCAUGCAUGUUUGGGGGCGGCAGCUCUGGGGUGUGGGCUUGGGCUUUCUGCACUUCCUGCUGCUGAUACGCCCUUUCUGACCCCUGCAUCCCCCCGCCCACCCCAGUCAGAGCUGACAGCUUCUGCUGGGGGUUGUGGGACUAAUAAACGCUUUCCCAUUUCC